AUGCAGAUCUUCGCGACUGUUGUUCUGGCUGCUGUUGCUGCGCAUGAUGCGCUGGCCUCUCCUAUCCAGGCCCGCUCGCCGUAUGUUGUCAAGGAGACACAUUAUGCGCCCAGGGAGUGGACGAAGCUUGAGAGGGCGCAUGGUGGCAAGACUAUCCAACUGCAGAUUGGUCUUAAGCAGGGACGGUUCGAGGAGCUUGACCGCCAUCUCCAUGAAGUCUCCGACCCAGAGCAUGCCCGCUACGGUCAGCAUCUGAGCGCCGACGAGGUCGAUGAGCUAGUUGCACCAAGCUCUGAAACUCAUGACCUGGUUCACGAGUGGCUCCGCGAAAGCGGUAUCGACACCGACAAUGUAGGCUACAGCUCAGCCAAGGAUUGGGUUAUCGUCCAUCUUCCCAUUAAGAUGGUUGAGAGCCUUCUUGACACCGAGUACCACACCUACAAGCACAAGGAUGGCUCUAUUGUUGCGCGUACAACUGCCUGGUCUCUUCCGCGUCACCUGCACGCUCACAUUGACACCAUCCAACCUACUACCUCCUUCUUCCGCGCUGCUGCUAACGCGGCGACGUUUGUCGAUGAGGCUGUUGAAGUACCUGCGAGCUACCACACACCUCAGAACACUUCCAUCGCUGCUGUCUGCAACGUGACAUCCGUCACCCCGGAAUGCUUCCAAACCCUCUACAAGACCAAGUGGUACCAAACCAAGGCCAGCCGUAAGAACAGCGUCGGCUUCAACAACUUCCUCGGAGAGAUCCCCAUUCGUCCAGACACCAAGAUGUUCCUGGAGAAGUACCGCCCAGAAGCCGUAUCCCAGGCCUACGCUUUCAAGCAAAUCUCCAUCGACAACGGCCCAACUCAAGACGGUCCUUUGACCUACAACCAAUCCACCGUUGAGGGAAUCAGCCGUGAAGCCAACCUAGACGUCCAAGCCAUCGCUGGAAUAAGCUGGAAAACGCCAAUUACCUCCUUCUCAACUGGCGGUUCACCGCCGUUCACCCCCGAUGUCUCUACCCCUACAAACACCAACGAACCCUACCUGGCUUGGGUAAACUGGCUCCUCACCCAGCGCUCCAUUCCCCGCAUCAUCUCAACCUCCUACGGCGAUUCUGAGCAAACGGUCCCAAAGAGCUACGCCGAACGUGUGUGCCGUCAAUUCGCCCAAGUCGGCGCCCGGGGCACAACCCUCUUCUUCUCCUCCGGUGACCGCGGUCUCGGCGGAACCGACACAUGCUACACCAACGAUGGAAAGAACAAGUACCAAUUCCAGCCCAGCUUCCCGGCCUCCUGCCCCUACGUCACCACCGUCGGCGCAACCAUGAACUUCGAGCCCGAAGAAUCUGCCUACCGCCCUUCUAGCAACACGACUGCUGGUUUCCGCGAUCUAUACGCCAGCGGCAGUGGCUUCAGCAACUACUUCCCGCGUCCUUACUACCAAGACAAAGUCGUGCCUACGUACGUAAAAUCUCUUGGUGACAGCUACGAGGGUCUAUACAACAAGACCGGUCGUGGCUACCCCGAUCUCGCAGCCCAGGGUCUGUACUUUGCCUACUUUUGGAACGGAACUGAAGGUACUAUUUCCGGUACUUCAGCGUCUUGCCCACUGACUGCUGGUAUCUUUGCGCUUGUCAACGAUGCCUUGUUGGCGAGUGGAAAGCCUGCACUUGGGUUCUUGAACCCUUGGUUGUACAAGAAGGGAUACAAGGGUUUGACUGAUAUCACAAAAGGAUUCAGUCGCGGAUGCAAUGUUGAAGGUUUCCCUGUUACCGAAGGUUGGGAUCCGAUUACCGGGUUUGGAACACCGGAUUUCCCCAAGUUGGUCAAGUUGGCUGGAGCGCAUGUGCACUAG